AUUAAUAAUGGAUUUUCCUUCUUGGUUUUACUUUCCUUCUGGAAACUUCUUCUUUCCUCUCCAGCCACGCUCCCGCAAUUUUCCGACGACGAAGAAUCGGAGGAGGAAGAAGCUCAGUUUUCAGACGAAAACGAAAUGGAGGACAAAGAAGGCGAGGUCAUUCAAUCGGCUCCUCCUCUCCAAAUCGGAGAAGAAAGAGUUCGCGGUGCUUCAGACGUCAAGAAAAAGCUUCUCAAACUCGGAGCUGGCUGGGAAACUCCAAAAAUCGACGACGAGGCAUCAUUUCACUUCGUUUGUACUUUUCCUCAUGGAGAAAUUUUCGAUUCCUCAAAAGCUAUCAAUAGACCACUAACUUUACCGAUUGAUGUAGAUGAAAAAGGAGAACUUGCAUUGUUCACUUUCCCUGUGGAUGAUGAGCUUGAUGAUUGGCCUAAAAGUUCCAUGACUCAGGUUAAAAUUGAACUGAUGUCUUGGGUUUCUGUGGUCGAUGUUUGUAACGAUGGAGGUAUCAUGAAGAGAGUUGAAGGGAAAGGCAGUAAGGAUGAGAAGCCUGGUGUUUUGGAUAAUGUUCUUGUGAAGUACCACGUUGAUGAUGGUGUUCUGGACAAAACACCGGAUGAAGGGAUUGAGUUUUGUGUCAAAGAUGGUCAUCUGUGUCCUGCAUUGUCAUUGGUAAUUGUAAUCAUGCGUCCUGGAGAAAAGGCCAGAUUGGUUGUUCUGCCUCACUAUGGGUUUAGAGAAGAAGGAAGAAAGCCAAUUGGGAAGUUCCAUGCUAUUCCACCAAACACUAUGCUAGAGAUUGAUUUAGAGCUGGUGUCCUUUAAACCUGUUAUUGAUGUUUCGGGUGAUAUAAAGAUCUUCAAGAAAGUUAUUAGAGAUGGCGAAGGCUCAAGUGUUGCAGAUGAUGGUGCCACUGUCACUGGUACGAAUAAUGAAGAGAAAAUAGAGACUGCUAACAGAAACAAAGAAGAAGGCAAUAUUCUAUACAAAAAUCAAAAGUAUCAGCGAGCAGCAAAGAAGUAUGAAAAGGCUGCAGAUUGUAUCGAGAAUGGCUCUUUUGAAGGUGUUGAAGAGAAGCAAGUCAAGGCUUUGAGAGUAUCUUGUUUCUUGAAUGGUGCAGCCUGUAGUCUAAAACUAAACGAUUUUCAGGAAGCUUUCAGGCUAUGCUCUAAGUUAUUACUCUUGAGUAGCUUUAACUCAAACAGUAGAUGUUCUAUGUACUUUUGUACCAGAUACAUUGGAAAUGACUUCUACUGUUUGUUGUCGCAAAUGUUACGCAUUGAGUUCCAAAAUGUGAAAGUUUUAUAUAGGCGUGCACAAUCUUUGAUUGGGACUGGAGAUUUGAUUUCAGCGGAAAUGGAUAUAAAAAAGGCUUUGGAGGCUGAUCCUGAGAACCACGAAGUGAAGUCUCUUCACAGGACAUUGAAACAGUCUAAAGCUGAGAGCAACCAGAGAGACGCCAAGCUUUAUGCAAACAUGUUUGCAUCAUGUAAAGUAAAAACUGAAACUUAUGGAGGCAGAAGAAGAGUCGUGAAAUUGCUCAAAGUAUCUCUCUCUCACAUCAUUCUAAAGUUCUGUAUGGUUUUGUUCUUCCGCCGAGAGAUCAUUCAGAUUAGAAAAGGUUUUUUCUUCCACUGGGUAUAUGAGAGAACAAUCAAAUUAAGAAAAAAGGUUCUGUUCUUCCGCUGGGUUUACGAGAGAAUUCAAAUUAAGAAAAAAUGGUUUUGUUCUUCCCAUGUGUCUACGAAAGGUUGCCCAAUUUAUAGAAGGUAAGUCUCAUCGUUCUGAUUUUUCUCAAGCAUUUGAAGACUGGUGGUUCUGAGAUAGCCAGUUGGCAGGCACUCCAAUACGCGAGCAUGCUAUACCUACUCCCUCUGAAUGCCAAUUGUUCGGGCUCUUCUAGGCCUGCGGGACCACAAGGGUGCUCGCUCGUCCUGGGUGGUUGUUCGCCAGGCUCCCCUUGCAGUCCUGACUCCAACCUUCCGGUAGAUGUUAUGUAGGUGUUAUCUACUUCAAUUAUUCAACUUACAUUAGUCAUUGAAGUAUUAAGUUCAUAUCAAUCCAUAGGUUAAUGUGAAAAUACCAAGUAUGCAAUAGAUAUUUUAAUUCAAGCAGAAAUAUAAAGAUUGUUUAGGCUAUCAACCCAAUCAUCAACCAAACAAAACUAGCAAGAGCAGUGAUUAAGCAAUGAUCAAUGUAACAAAGACAAGUGAUUAAGCAAAAUUCGAAAUUCAAUAAACUAAAAGCAAAGAUCCUAGAUGAGGCUAUAGAGUUAGAGGGAUUUAAACACAAGAC